AUGACCGCCGCCCACGCCGAAUCCCACCGCCCUGGCCGUGGUCCGGCCAUUUGUCCCACAGACGACGAUGCGAUUGUCCCCCGGAAGCCCGCCGCGCAGGCCAGCGCCAGAAAGCUCGACAAAAGGAGUUGGGAAUACAUCAUCAAGAGCGGCGUCGCUGGAGGCGUGGCCGGAUGCGCGGCUAAAACAGUUGUUGGACCCCUGGAUCGCGUGAAGAUCCUCUUCCAAGCUUCCAACCCCCAAUUUCAAAAAUACACCGGUUCUUGGAGCGGUGUGGCCAUUGCAUUAAGAGACAUAUACCACCAGAAUGGUGUGCGAGGCUUGUUCAAGGGCCACUCCGCAACAUUACUACGAAUUUUCCCUUACGCCGGCAUCAAAUUCCUCGCGUACGAGCAAAUACGAAACAAAGUCAUAAAGAACAAGGAACAAGAGACGCCGUUUAGAAGAUUCAUUAGCGGUUCCAUGGCGGGGACCGUCUCCGUAUUCUUCACCUAUCCUUUAGAAGUCAUACGCGUCCGCCUUGCCUUCGAAACGCGCCAGGAUGCACGAUCAACACUCUCGGGCAUCUGCAAAAUGAUUUACCGCGAGACAUCGUCCACAGUACAUCCUGCAAGUCCUCAAACAGGCGGCUCGACCGUCAGUCGCGUUGUCGGAGCGCCCGUAGCAGUCGCCGCUACCACUGUGGAAAGGAUUACACCGCGAAGCGGCCUCGCCAACUUCUUCCGCGGCUUCACCCCCACCUUGUGGGGCAUGCUACCGUAUGCCGGCUGCUCGUUCCUGACGCACGACACCAUCUCCGAUUUGCUGCGCCAUCAUUCUAUUGCUGCACACACGACGAUUCCGAACACCGAGCGCUCCGAUGACAUGCGCGGCGGGCAUAGACCGGCACAGUUGAGGUCAUGGGCAGAGUUGACGAGCGGCGGGUUGGCCGGCUUCUUCAGCCAAACGGUUUCGUACCCAUUCGAAAUCAUCCGCCGGAGAAUGCAGGUCGGCGGCGUGGUGGGUGACGGGCACAGGCUUGGCAUGAGGGAGGUGGCGCGGAGAAUCUGGCUAGAAAGGGGGUGGAGGGGCUUCUUUGUCGGUUUGACGAUCGGCUACGUCAAGGUCAUACCCAUGGCCGCGACGAGUUUCUUUGUGUAUGAGCGCGGGAAAUUCUACUUGGGUAUUUGA